AUGGUAGUCAAAAGUAAAAUUCUCUAUAAAACGUAUUGGAUAUAUAUGCGACUUUCGGGCGUCGAGGGCGAAUACCCAUUUCGAUGGCUUCUGGAUCUAACAAUGUCUUUUUUCGUCACCUUGUGGUACCCCGUGCAUCUUAUACUUGGACUGUAUAAUCAGCCGGUUGCAAAUGUAUUUAGGAGUCUGUAUUUUACAACAGAAUGCGUUUUCUGCUCCUUUAAAUUUUUUUGCUUUCGUUGGAAAAUGGCUGAGAUUAAAGCCAUCGAAAGAUUGCUCCAAGAGUUGGAUAAGCGGGCUGAGAGUGAUGAGGAACGUAUACACUUCAAUCAAGGCCCAAGACGUGAAGCACAAAUGAUUUCGAAAAGUUUUAUGGUGGUUGGCAUAUCAGCCAUAAUUACUGCAACUGCCGCUGGUUUAUUCAGUAGUGGUCGAAAGCUAAUGUAUUUGGGUUGGUUUCCCUACGAUGUUCAAGCCUCCGCCUUGAGCUUUUGGAUUAGUUUUACUUAUCAAGCCGUUGGGUCCAGUUUAUUAAUCGUGCAUAACCUCGCCAACGAUAUAUAUCCCCCAAUCACAUUUUGUGUGGUCACAGGACAUGUGCGACUCUUGGCAAUGCGUUUGAGUCGAAUUGGGCAUGACGAGAAUAUAUCAAAAGCGGAUAAUGCCAGGCAACUCAUCGAAGGCAUCCAGGAUCACAGGAAACUUAUGCAAAUAAUUCGACUGCUCCGCAGCACUUUAUAUCUCACACAACUUGGUCAGUUCCUUUCAACCGGAAUCAACAUUUCAAUAACGCUCGUCAACAUCCUAUUUUUGGCGGAAAACAACUUUGCUAUGACCUACUAUUCUGUGUUCUUUGCGGCCAUGUUUUUAGAGCUACUUCCAAGUUGUUACUACGGAACUCUGAUGUCGAUGGAGUUCGAUAAAUUACCAUACGCCAUUUUCACGAGCAAUUGGGUUGGAAUGGAUAGUGGAUACAUCCGAUCUUUGAUAAUACUAAUGGAGCUAGCGGUUGUCCCUGUGAACAUUAAAGCUGGAGGAAUUGUUGGCAUCGACAUGAACGCUUUUUUUUCCACAGUCAAAAUGUCCUACUCGUUUUUCACCUUGGCCAUGUCAUUCGGCAGCAACGCUAUUUUAAAAAUGGAGUCCACCCGCAUGGUAGUCAAAAGUGAAAAUCUAUAUAAAACAUAUUGGCUCUAUAUGCGACUUUUGGGCGUCGAGGGCGUAUAUCCCUUUCGAUGGAUUCUGGAUCUAACAAUGUUUUUUUUCGUCACCUUGUGGUACCCAGUGCAUCUUGUACUUGGAAUAUAUAAUCAGCCGGUAGCAAAUGUAUUAAAGAGUCUGCAUUUCACAACAGAAUGCCUUUUCUGUUCCUUUAAAUUUUUUUGCUUUCGUUGGAAAAUGGCUGAGAUUAAAGCCAUCGAAAGAUUGCUCCAAGAGUUGGAUAAGCGGGCUGAGAGUGAUGAGGAACGUAAACACUUCAAUCAAGGACCAAGACGUGAAGCACAAAUGAUUUCAAAAAGUUAUUUGGUGGCUGGCAUAUCGGCCAUAAUUACUGCAACUGCCGCUGGUUUAUUCAGUAGUGGUCGAAAGCUAAUGUAUUUGGGUUGGUUUCCCUACGAUGUUCAAGCCUCCGACUUGAGCUUUUGGAUUAGUUUUACUUAUCAAGCCGUUGGGUCCAGUUUAUUAAUCGUGCAUAACCUCGCCAACGCCAUUUAUCCCCCAAUCACAUUUUGUGUAGUCACAGGACAUGUGCGACUAUUGGCAAUGCGUUUGAGUCGAAUUGGGCAUGACGAGAAUAUAUCAAAAGCGGAUAAUGCCAGGCAACUCAUCGAAGGCAUCCAGGAUCACAGGAAUCUUAUGCAAAUAAUUCGACUGCUCCGCAGCACUUUAUAUCUCACACAACUUGGUCAGUUCCUUUCAAGCGGAAUCAACAUUUCAAUAACGCUCGUCAACAUCCUAUUUUUCGCGGAAAACAACUUUGCUAUGACCUACUAUUCUGUGUUCUUUGCGGCCAUGUUUAUAGAGCUAUUUCCAAGUUGUUACUACGGAACUCUGAUGUCGAUGGAGUUCGAUAAAUUACCAUACGCCAUUUUCACGAGCAAUUGGGUUGGAAUGGAUAGUGGAUACAUCCGAUCUUUGAUAAUACUAAUGGAGCUAGCGGUUGUCCCUGUGAACAUUAAAGCUGGAGGAAUUGUUGGCAUCGACAUGAACGCUUUUUUUUCCACAGUCAAAAUGUCCUACUCGUUUUUCACCUUGGCCAUGUCAUUUAAAUUCUAA